AUGCCGGCUCGGAGACCGUCACACACGAUGCAGACAUUCGGAUUCAACCAUCCAACAGCGCCGCCCUCACACCUGCCUGUAGCCUCGACAUCGACUAGCGAAUCGACGACGCCGAAAAGGAAGAAGCUCACGCACGCCGAAGCGUUGGAACAGAUCCGGACUUUCUUGAGAUCUCAGAGCUCGUACGACGUCUUUCCAGUCAGCUUUCGGUUGAUUGUGCUGGAUCACCACCUCGUCGUCAAGAAGGCACUCAACACGAUGUUGCAAAACGGUGUUGUCUCUGCACCGCUUUGGGACUCGGAAAAGUCGCAAUUCGCAGGGAUGUUUACGGUGUCCGACCUUAUCCAUCUCAUUCAAUACUACUAUCACACGACAACGUAUGAGGACGCUGCCGCAGAUGUGGAUCACUUUCGACUACAAAGCAUCCGAGACAUCGAAAAGGCCAUCCGUGUACCUCCACCCCCUCUCCUCUCGGUUCACCCUAUGCGUCCGCUAUUUGAAGCGUGCAAGCUGCUCAUUCAGACGCACGCACGACGGUUACCACUCAUCGAUACAGACGAUCAGACGGGGAAAGAAGUGGUACUGAGCGUGUUGACGCAGUAUAGGGUAUUGAAGUUUAUGGCGGUCAACUGCCGCGAGACGAUCCAUCUGGACCAGACGCUUCGUUCGCUGAACAUCGGAACCUAUUGCAAUCCUUCACCGGAACACGAUAAUCCUUAUUAUCCCAUCGCUACGGCGACGAUGCAGACGGCUGUAUUCGACGUCGUACACAUGUUUUCAGAGUUGGGGAUCUCGGCGGUCCCGAUCGUAGAUGCAAACGGCAAGGUCAUCAACCUGUAUGAGACGGUCGAUGUGAUUACCUUGCUGAAGUUGGGGACCUACCAAGCGCUGGAUUUGACAAUAGCUCAGGCUCUGGCCCGACGCCCGGUAGAUUUCGAGGGCGUCCUGACGUGUGGACCGGAGAGCUCGCUGGCGUCCGUAUUCGCUCUCAUUCGCAUGAGGCGGAUACACCGACUCGUCGUCAUCGAUGACGGGCGACCGAAGGAAGGUGAAUCGGAGCAGGAUGCCAAGCAGCGCAAGGGCAGGCUUUUGGGGCUGAUCUCGUUGAGCGACGUUCUGCGUCAUGUUAUCGGUUCGGACGUGGAGAUUGGCGGAGGUGGAGUCGGGGCCGUACCGGUCGAGACGCUACUAGCAGGAGGAACCGCGCAAGGCAAGGCCCCUCGAGCAGACAGGGCCGCGGCGCAGGCCGCCAUCCGUAGAGAUGCCGAGUUGAGAGGAGAAUUCCCUUCAUGA